AUGAGGAACGCUCGCAAGUACCGCCCGGUCACCCCCUUGCCGCCCGUCCCCUCCCUCACCGCCCUCUGGUCCCUCUUCUUUCCACGGCCUCUCGUUGCUUCUUCCCACCUCCUUGCUUUUUUCCCCUGCUUAGUCACCCGCCCCUCCUUUCUCCGAUCUUCCUCUUUCUUCUUCUUCUUCUUCUUCUCCUGCUCGUCCGCCUCUUCGUCAUCCCAUCUCAACCCUCCGACCUUCAACCUCACCUUUCGCCUUCACCCUCGACUUCAUCUCUUCUUCUUCCUUCGCCCGCCGUCACCACCAUCACCUACCGCCGACUCCCUUUCUCUUCUCGUCUCGACCUCGCCUUCACCCUGGAACUCUCUCCUCGACUUCGCCUCUUGGACUCCUGCUACUGUACUCGAGUCACAGCUGCUACCGUUGACUGACGUUGACUCACCUCGACCACCACCACAACCACCACUGCGGCUCCAGAGUACACUUGAGACAGUCGAAUACCGAUAA